UAUCUUCACAAACAAACCAAAAAAAAAAUGGCAAGAACAAGCAACAUGUUAACCAUACUACUAAAUGUGUUAACCUUACUCUUAGGCAUCCUUCUUCUCACGGGUGCGAUAUGGACCUCUGUCCAUCCGGGUGGUGCAACCUUAUGCGAAAAAACAUUCGCCAAACCAUACUUGUUUACUGGAAUAUUUCUCGUUGUUCUUGCGGUUAUUGGGAUAGUUGGUUCGUGUUAUAAGAUUAACUCUCUACUUUACAUUUAUUCUGGGGUGUUGUUUGUUAUGAUUGUUGGGUUGCUUGCUUUCGCGAUCUUUGCUUUGGUGGUUACCAAUAAGGGAAUUGGUAAGGUUGUGGCGAACCAAGGUUUUAAGGAUUAUCGGUUUGGUGAUUACUCCAAGUGGUUGCAAAAGCAUGUUGUGAAUGAGCAGAAUUGGGACAAGAUUCAAAGUUGUUUGAUUGAUUCGCGUGUUUGUUUGUCUAUUGCUUCAGCGAAAAACCUUAAGGAGUUUUAUCGUACUCAUUUGACCCCGUUAGAGUCUGGAUGUUGCAAACCGCCUGGAAACUGCGGCUACUUGUUUGUGAAUACGACUUAUUGGGUGCCACCAAAGUCGGGUGAAAUUGCAGAUGAACCAGAUUGCAAGAGUUGGAGCAACGAUCAGAAACAGCUAUGCUAUGACUGCGGGUCUUGUAAGGUCGGAGUGUUGAAUAACCUGAGGCAUUUGUGGAGGGGAUUUGCGGUUAUGAACUUCAGCAUUCUUGUGUUUGUUGUUGUUAUCUACUCGAUCAGUUGCUGUGCUAUCCGAAACAAUCAUCAAGAGCCACAACCUUGUCACAUCUAAAAGAGUUGCGACUAGUCUCUUUGUGGUUGUAACUAUCGUAUUAGGUUCAUUACUUUUGGCAUGCUUUGUUUGUGUUUGAAUACUAGAUCUGGUCCUUCUGUUGGUUGGUUUAUGUUCAGACUAAUGUAGUUGUUUCAUUUCUUUGUUUUGGUUGUUACUUG